CAAGCAUGUCACCGGGGCGUCGUCAGCCGCAGGUCAGCGUUGCGCCCACAGCUAAACGCGCCGACUUGCCUUCCACCACUCGCCCCGCCACGAACGGUGGGCCAACGGCGCUGCCGGCGGACGACGAUGAGCUGGAUGACGCGAUUGCGGGGCGCCCGGGCAUCUCGGAGGACGAGGAUGACGAGCAGGCGUUCCGGGCGUCCAAGCCGAGUGGCAGCGCUGCCGUCGCCGUGACUCCAGCGCCAGCGCAGGUGCAGGCAACAGCCCAUGCGACCACCAAUGGCACGACGAAGCACUCUGCGCAAGAGGACGAGCACGGGAGCGACAGCGAUGAAGAUGACGCGGCGUCCUCGGUCUCGGCUUCAGCAGAUGGUACUGCCUCGACCACCGCCACGCCUGGUACUGCUGCUGCAAAGAAAAAGAAGAAGAAGAACAAGAACAAGAGCAAGAACACGUCCGAGCAACCGCAAGCAGGUCCUGCCAGCGCGCCAGCCACAGCUAAUGCAGCUAAUCUUGCUGCUCCUGUUGUUCCUGCUGCGUCCCCAGCAAAGACCAAAACCAGCGCCGUGGCUACGGCUUCCACCAAGCCACCAAGUGAUGCUGCACCGACUGGCACCAAACCAACGGCGACUGGCACGCCCGCGGUCGUGCAAACUCCUGCUGCGCCUGCUCCACCUGCUGCGCCUGCCAUUCCUGCAGCCAACAAGGUCGCCAUGAACCAUUUUGCCGAAGGUGAGCGCUUGAUGCAGCACCCAGAGACGUUCAGACGCGGUCUCGAUGAGCUGGACUUUGCCAUUGACGUUGCAUACCAGACCAGCGAGCUGCCGUUCCGGAUUCAUGUCAUGCGAAAAGCGUACAACGGCUGCAUGAGGUCGCAAAUGUUCCAACGCUGCAUCGAGUUUUGCUCAAUGUUGCUUCGAGAGCAGCCGGAUGACGAAGGGAGCCGCUUGAUGCGUGGCAUGGCGCACGAAAAGCUCAACAACCUGGACGAGGCGCUGGUCGAUUUCAAGCGUCUCCAGAAGGCGUUUCCUGCCAAGCUCUUGUAUCAAACCAAGUCGGCCACCCUGGAAAAACGCAUUCACGACAAUCCCUUCCGUGAGCCGGAAGCAACCUCGGGCCUAUCCAGCCUGACCUCCAAAUUGGCGUCGGUUGCCAGCUCCUACCUUCGCCCAGUGCCUCCGCCGCCGCUGGGCCGCCUCCAGAAAACAGUCCCGGGUCUUACCGGCCUGCAAAAUCUGGGCAACACGUGCUUUAUGAACUCGGUCUUGCAGUGCCUGUCGGCAGCGCGUGAGCUGCGAGACUACUUUUUGUCGGACGCCUUCCGGCAACACAUCAACAAGCAAAGCACGCUGGGAAUGCAGGGGCAGAUGGCCGAGGCGUACUCGGAGUUUUCCAAGCAUCUCUGGUCUGGCGAGUACCAGUACAUUGCACCCCACCAGCUCAAGCAGGUUUCCAACAAGUUUGCAACCAUGUUUUCCGGCUUUGGUCAGCACGACUCGCAAGAGUUUAUGAGCUUCUUCUUGGACGGCCUCCACGAGGACGUCAAUCUGAUUGGCAAAAAGCCCUACCUUGAAGACGUUGAGCGACGGCCCGACGAGUCUGACGCGAGCAUGGCCGAUCGCGCAUGGGGCCAGCACAAGUUGCGCGACAAUUCGCACAUUGUUGAUCUGUUCCAGGGUCAGUACAAAUCCACCGUUGUGUGUCCCGAGUGCGACCGCGUUUCUGUCAAGUUUGAUCCCUUCAUGUACCUUUCCCUGCCAAUCCCGACCCUGCAAACACGCAAGAUGGGUGUGCUUGUUUCGCUUGCUGAGACUGCUGCUCGGCCUCAGGCCCAGCUGGUCCGCUGCUGCGUCACCGUUCCCCUCACUGGCACUGUUCUCGCCAUUUUGGAGGCCAUCGCAGCCAUGUUGGGUGUUUCUUCAGCCCGCAAACUGGUGCUGUGCGAGUACGAUCGGUAUCGCCUGCGUCGAGUCUUUGACGAGCGCGAGGCCGUGCAGCGCAUUUACGACUACCAGGAUUUGGUGGCCUAUGAACUACCCUCCUUGGCUGAAUUGCCUGCGCAUUUGAUUGAAGCCGGGCGUCUUGUCAACGCGCGCCGCGAGCACGAGGCGGAAGUCGCAAAGUCGGAAUUGGAGCAAGAAGAGUCUGCGUCUGUGGCAGCCUCUGCGACGACGUCUGCUUCCACGGAGAGUAGCAGCUCGAGCGAACCUGUGGUGCCUGCUGCAGUCGGUGCCGAAAGCCCAGCAACCGCCUCUGCGGAGGUCGCUGCUGCUGCUGCUUCGUCGCCGAGCGUUGUAGCGGAGGAAGCAGCCGAGCCGCAAUUGGCAGUGCCUGGUAGCGUGAUUGCCCUCCCUCCGCCGCCGCCUCCGCAACCAACUCCAGGCUUCAAGCCCAAGACAUCCAACUUGACGGCGAAAGCAGCCAAGCCUGCAAGUGAUGACGAGCAGGAGGUGUGUCGCAUUUUUGUCACCUUCCGUGGAAGACCCGUCAUCACUGGCACGCCCUUGAACGGCACCUGCACAACCUGUGGAGGUGAGUGCGCGGUGGACAGGCGCUGCACAAAGUGCAACACUGCCCGCUACUGCAGCGACGCCUGCUUGGAGAGCAACUGGGACCAUCAUCGCUACUACUGCACCAAGCCGCUGCGGCACGUCGAUGGGCUGCCGCUCCUUCUUUCAAUUCCGGCCACAAGUGUCACCUAUCGCGAGCUCGAGGGCUUUGUGUACAACUCUCUGCGCCCCUUCUUGGACAUCUCGCAGUCUAUCGAGCUGACCGAAAUUGGCCGUUUGACGACUGUCAACGAGUACUGCGAAACGAUGGUGGAGCUGGAUCCGACCAGCACCGCAGAGAUCAAUCUCGAUGAUGCGCAAUUCCUGUCGGUUGAUUGGAAUGAGCUGGCAUCUGCACAGGAAGUUCAAAAGCACCGCAUCGAGGCCACCAAGGAGCACGAGUCAUGCUCACGAGCUGAGGAGAAGAUCACUCUGCAAAAGUGCCUUUCCCUCUUCACGAAGGAGGAAAAGCUUGGCGUCGACGAGGCCUGGUACUGCUCAAAGUGCCAAAAGCACCAGCAGGCAACCAAGUCCAUGACGCUCUGGCGCCUUCCAAAGCUACUAAUUGUGCAACUCAAGCGCUUUUCCUUUUCUCGCAUUUACCGUGACAAGUUGAAUUCUUUGGUGGAGUUCCCCCUCACAAACCUCGAUUUGUCAGACUACGUUCAAGGCGCCGAGCAUGAUCACACGCCCGUCUACGACUUGUUUGCCGUGUCAAACCACUAUGGCAUGGCCUUUGGUGGUCACUACACUGCUUUCACAAAGUAUUCGCGUCGUGGAGAAUACGUUGUGCCGCGCGAAAAUCACGACCUCGUCGCAUCUCGAGGUGCUGGGACUGUGCCAAGCGAUCCCCUUCCUGCUCAUGAACAUGACGAUCAGUGGUUUGAAUUUGACGAUUCUCAUGUCUCCCGCAAGUCCGCGAACGAGAUUCAAACCUCGAAUGCGUACGUGCUGGUGUAUCGCCGCCGAGAAGACAUUCACCACGAAUGAACGAGGGCCGAGAUUUCACAUGUUUUUUUUUUUUUUUUUUCAUGGAAUCCAACUUCUGUGGGGAUUGUGAGGCUGCCAAUGUUUUAUUAUCCCUCCUUUAUUGACGUGUAACCAUUGUCCAAGCCUUUCAGAAGGAUUGUGUUCCAAUAGUAGAUGUCCAACAUGUUGAC